CAGAGAGUGUGUGAAGUUGAAAUGUGGAAAAGGCAUCAGAGACGUGAAGGACUGCCACAGGCGCCUGGUCAGCUGGACCCCAACAUAUGCUUUCUGUGCUGGUGUGGAUGCAAAGCAAGAGGGGAAGGUUCAGAGAGGCAAACAUGUACAGAGAAGGAACACACAGAAGAUCAGCAUCUCUCACUGGAUGAGGUGAUUGCUUGGCCAAGGAGCUUUCAGGUGAUGUUGCGCUCUACAGAAGGGAGGGAUGUUUUCCUGGAGUUCUUGCGGUCUGAAUACAGAGAAGAAAAUCUUAUGUUUUGGAUCACCUGUGAGGAACUGAAGAAAGAAACCAACUCAUCAGUUAUUGCUGAAAAAGCCCGCAUCAUUUAUCGAGACUUCAUCUCCAUUUUUUCACCAAAAGUGAUCAACUUGGAUUCUUGGGUGAGAGAUGGCAUCAUGCAAAGCUUGUCAAAACCCAGCAGUAUAAUGUUUGAGGAAGCCCAGUUACACAUCUACAACUUCAUGCGCAGAAACCUUUUCCCCCGAUUUCUCAACUCAGCUGUUUACAGGGAUCUUCUUAACAGCAAAAAGCACAAUGCUUUGACAAAGAUGUAA